UUUAUUUUGCUUGAUAAAUCGCGAACUUUUCUCCAGUUUCAAAGUUGACAGAGGCUGUCGUUGGACUUUAAAAAUGCUUGCUGAAAGUUACAGGGACUGUCAGGCUUGGAGAGCAGAGGGUCUUCCUCUGUCCACCAGCAGUAAUGAAGCUUGCAAACUGUAUGAUGCUAUACUCACACAGUAUGUGAAAUGGAGGAAUGAUGAAACCUUGGGAGGAGUUGAAGGAUGCGUUUCUGCUAUCCAGGCUGCUGACCCUAACUUUGUAAUGGGUCAUGUGAUAAGCACCGGCUUGGAGCUGGUGGCAACAACGAGCAGCACCCGGCUGGAUAAGCGUCUGGCCAGCGCUGUGAAGCAAACAGUGGAGCUCGCCAACAGCCAGGACAUCUCUCCGAGAGAACGGCUUCACGUCAAAGCCGUGGAGCUGUUCUCACGCGGGAACUUUCCAAAAGCCUGUGAUGUAUGGGAAGAUAUUCUUGUGGAUCAUCCCACCGAUAUGUUGGCCCUCAAGUUUUCCCAUGAUGGCUACUUCUAUAUGGGAGCCCAAACCCCGAUGAGGGACUCUGUCGCCAGGGUUCUCCCUUACUGGAAACCACAUAUGCCUUUGUCCAGCUACCUGAAAGGACUAUAUUCUUUUGGUCUCCUAGAGACUCGCUUCUAUGACCAGGCAGAAAAAGUGGCCAUGGAGGGCCUCGCUCUGACUCCAGAUGAUGCCUGGUCCGUCCACUCUGUGGCCCACGUUUGUGAGAUGAAGGCGGAGGUGGACAAAGGCUUGAAGUUCAUGGAGGGCAGAGAGAAAGACUGGCAGGUUUCUGAGGUGCUGGCUAGUCAUAACUACUGGCACUGGGCUCUAUACUUCAUUGAGAAGGGGCAAUAUGAAGCAGCGCUGCAGAUAUAUGAUGCUCAGGUAUUCAAACGCUGUAAGGCCUCAGGAUCCAUGCUGGACACUGUGGAUGCCAGUUCAAUGCUCUGCAGGCUGGAAAUGGAAGGUGUGUGUGUGAAGGACCGCUGGCAGGAGCUGCUCCAGGUAACGCAGCCUCACACCGACGAUCACGUGACCUUGUUUAACGACCUCCACUUCCUCACGGUGUCGCUGGGAGCUAAAGAGAGCAGGACGAGUCAGCGUCUGCUGGAGGGCCUCCAGGAAUUAGCUAAGGAGCCAGGGGAGAAUCAGCAGCAUCAGCUGGCAGGGACUGUAGGUGUUCCAAUGUGUCAGGCAUUGAUGGAGUACAACCAGGGCAACUACAAACAAGCUGUGGAGCUUCUGUACCCGUUACGCUACCGCAUGGUAGACAUAGGUGGCAGUGAUGCGCAGAGGGAUCUGUUCAAUCAACUGCUUAUUCAUGCAGCCAUGAAAUCUGAGAAUAAACAUCACCAGAAACUGGGAAGAUGUCUUCUGGUGGAGCGUGAUGCCGUGAGGCCAAACUCCCCCCUGACCCACCGUCUGAUGCAGAGAGCUCGGGCGCUUCACGACUAGAACGAUUGCAAGGUGUGCAGAGCCGUUCCCAUGCAAAAAUCAUCAGAGCGACCGCUGUAAUCUGACGUCAAGAUGUUUGGCUUGAGGAGACUUCUUCGCCAGGAGCUUUGCAUUGUUGUCAAAACAGCUGAAAUCUUUAUGCAACAGUUUUUUUCAUUCCUGACCUGACCGGUGUUCAAUAUUAAAUAAAUAGUACUAAAAUUAAUACUGACAUGAAGAAAAUUUGAAAUAUAUCAACUAUAAUUUGUGAAAUAAUCUAACAAAUUAUUCAAGUGAUAUGUCAGAAUGCUCUUUUCAGAACUUUCCCAAUAUAACUCCAUAAUGUAAUGCCACAUUUCAUUUUUCACUCUUUUUUUUCACCUUUUAGCUAAAUGCAUGUCCCUGCCUCUGAAGCAAACAAGCUCAACAGCUUCUACCAGAUUUAGCCAGUUGGCUCCAGUAAAGUCAAGCUACAAUGACGGUAAAGAUACUCUGAAUUUGGCAGCUGCUGCAUGUCAGCAUAAUACAACGAAACUAACAUUUGCUUUUAUUAUUUUAUUACAUGUUACCUAAUCAGCUGGCUGGCUAGCUCAAUGAGAGUUACGAGCUUUGUUUAUGACUCAAUGUCACAUUAACACGCCCUCCUUUCUAGCAGGCUGGCUCGAUAUGUUGCAAGGGUAGACUUAAAAGCUAAUAUAGAGGUUCAGUUACCGUGUCGGUGUCUAUUUACAGUAGCAUAGCAGCUAGGUAUUGAUUUACAACCCUUUGACAAUGUCGAUGCUCCAGCUAGCAGGUGCUAAGUGCCAAAGCUGAGUAGCAGUUGUUAAGCUUGUAGAUUUUAGGGCAUGACUCAUGUGCCCUGCUAAAGGCUGGGGAGUUAGUGCAUAGACUGUAUAUAAAGAUGGACGUAGCAUCUGGCUCCAAAAUUGAAGCCCACCCGGAAGUGUCAAAAACUUGCAAUAUCACGCCGUCCGCUAGGGUUGGCUCCAAAAAGCUUUUUCUCCAUAGACCCCAAUUCAUUUUUGGAAAAAAUAAAAUUUGAUAGACUGAUGUUCUACAGCUCAGGAUUUUUUUUCCCCCCGUUAGUUUUCAUGGUCAAAAUGAGAGAUCAGGUGGCUGAUCUUAAAAUAAAUCAAUACUGAAUUUUAAAUAAAUCGUUAAAGUUGGCGGAGCCAGGGGGCGUGGCUAUACUUGAUUGACAGUCCCAUAGACUGGUCCUGCCCCUAGUUGCUCUCAGGUCCAGCCUGUUUGAUGACGCUUUUUACGUCAUUGGCUCCAAAAACUCCAAAAUGGCGACCAGGAAGUAGCAAAAUCUGAGCUUCAUUUCCUCGGUGUUGAAACCAACGGGUGGCGUCACGGUUAGUUCACGCCUGGGUUAGUGACAACACAGCCAGCAUGAAAAGAGACUUUAAGAAAGGAAAUGUGUGACAUUAAAUAUGUUAAGAAGAAAUGGCAUCUUAAAAUACAAAUAUCGAUAAUGGUAGAAAAUGUAUGUCCAUUUUUUUGAAGAUAAUUGAUGAAAUCACAUUUAAUAAUGAGCUGAGUUUAAAUAAUUUCUUAAAGUUUGAUUUGCUAUGUUAAACAAAACGCAUUUCAGUGGUUACUUUUUUUUAAUAUUGACAACUUGGGGGUUCCAUAUUUUAAAUUGUGUACUUGUGAAACUUUUUAUCAACAAAUUUGCACAGUUCUUAGUAAUUAUAGGUUUCCAUUUUCUGUGAUGAAUAACUGGAGUCCUCGGCACAUCAUCACUUGCUUUUUGCGAACAAGUUUUUCUUGCUAAUCAGUAUAUCUCACAGUGACUCUGUCCUGAAAAACAAGUGCUUUGAAUGAAUUUUAUUAGCAAACUUGUCACAUUUAAAUAUAAAUACUUUCAGAGAUGAAAUCUGCAUGUCAAUGUCAAUACAAAAAGCAUGUUCAAAAGCAAUAAAUAUACACUUUGCACCUUG